CAAAGAUGGAUCUGCAAAUCUCAGUUUUUCUUCUGUUCGUUCUUUCUACUGCAGGACACUCUUUGAGCUGUUAUGAGUGUUCGGGUCUGUUGGGUGAUUGUACACAUCAAACAGUAAAAACAUGUCCCAGUGGAUCCUCCAAGUGCUUGAGUGUAACAACAACAUUACGUAGCGUCAGUACUAAAAAAAAGUUUAAAGGCUGUGUUGCUGACUGUGCAACUGGAUCCAUGAGCCACAGUCCUGCAAAAGUUUCUUCAGUGUGCUGUAACAACGACCAGUGCAACGCCCAAGAUGCUCCAGAUCCCUCUAAAGUCCCCAAUGGGAAGACAUGUUACUCUUGUGAUGGACAGAGCUGCUCAAACAGAGUGAGCUGUUCAGGGAGUGAAGACCGCUGCUUUAAAGCAAAAGGUGAGACCCUGGGGAAAAAAAAUUGAUUAAGCAUUUGAUGUUUAUCAAUUUCCAGCUUGGGUAAACCUUUGUUUUCUUUCUUUUCAUCAGUGACAGUGAAAGAACUGACAGCAGACGUUAAAGGUUGUCUCUCUAAAUCUCUUUGCAAUGGCCCAGAUUUCAUUACUUAUAUGAGUGAGAUCUCAUGCUGUGAGGGGAACCUGUGUAACGGUGCUCAGAGUGUCACUCACAGCUUCCUGUUCCUCUGCAGUUCUCUGCUCUGCUUCAUCCUGCUGCACUGAAUCCAGCAGCUCUUCACAUUCAACAGUGAUACUUGCUGAGUAUUUUUGAUUUUCGCUGUAACAUUCUGAUGUGACGUUUUAAAA